AUGAGCUCCGAUUUAUUUGGCGAGGCUCUGAAAAACCCAGAUGCCAAGCCAUUACCUAUUCACGACGAUAUAGACGUUGGAGAAAUUAGUAGUGAUGAGGAGGUUCCGAAUGUAACCCAAGAUAAAGAAACGAAACUGCAAGAGGAAGAGCCGCAUGAUCCCAGAGAUACUAGUGGAUCUGGAAGUACUUCUUCAGCGAGCGAGACCUCGGCAUCGUCGGAGGAGGCCGAUGGCUCCUCCUCGGAUGAGAGUUCCGAUGACUCUAGCGGUGCAGAAGUUCAGGUAAUGGACGAGGACGACGAGGACGAAGAGCCCGCAGCGCAAGGUCCUAUUAAGUCGAAAAACGAGCUUACUGAGGAAGCCACUUUCGAAGUCCCUGAAAAUUUCCAGAUCACCGCCAAUACUCCCAUACAGGAGAUUGGAAUCAUCAAAUCUGCAUUUGAUCAUAAUAUCAUCGUCCAGUCCACUGCCUCUGCAGAACAGCGUGUCUUGAAGGAGCAGUCGCUGUUAUGUCUUCACGAUCGUCAACUGUUGGGCCCACUAUGUGAAGUUUUCGGCCCGCUGCAGGCACCCUUCUACAGAGUGUCAUUUCCAAAGGCUAAGUCGGAACUGUACCAAGAACUAGCCACCAAAAUUGGUCAGAAGGUUUUUUACAUCGCACCUGAGGCCCACUGGCAAGAUACGUUUGAAUUGAGACGUCUGCGUGGCACAGACGCUUCUAACGGGUUUGAUGAGGAGCUUCCUGAGGACGAGCAAGAGUUCUCGGACGACGAAAAGGAGGCGUUACACAAGAAGAUAAAAAAGCAGUCUAAGAAACGCAAGGGAGAGGUUGUGCAAAUGACAGAAACUGUCGCUGGCAAGAAACGCGUGUCCACGGACUUCCUGCCUCGUUCCAGGCCAAAAACGAACACAACACCUUGGGAAAAUGAUGAGGCAAACUCUAGCUCUUAUAGACCGCGCAGUGCUCGUCAAAACGAAGUGCGAGCUUCGGAACAACGACCUCAAGUGAAUUCUCCAUACUAUCAUCAGCAGCAACAAGAGCAUCGUUUCCCUCCGCAACAACACACUUUACCACCUCAGAAUGCUGCCGGGUAUUCUCAAUCUCACUCCCCUUAUGGUGCUCAAACUACUUUAGCCUAUCAAAAUCAAGGCUACCCAUAUCCUUACGGAUACCAAUAUGUACAACAGGACUUCAGGCAGACACACAUCCCCCAUGCUCCCCAAACUCAACCAGCUCGUUUACCUCUAGAUUUCAGUCAUUCUAACUAUCCGCAACAAUAUUUUGGACAACCUCAGGGCAUGUACCCCCAGAUGCAACCAUCAGUCACCCAAUCGUAUCAUCAGACGCAUAUGUCCCCAAAUCCAGGUUACGUUCAGCCCCAGAUACCCGCUAAUCCAGGAUAUUCUCAUCCUCAGGUGAAUUCUACGGCGAGCUUUCCUCAGCCACAGAUGGCUACACAAACAGGUUUUGCAUCUGAAGCUCAAAAUAUGCAACAAGUGAGACAGCUACAGCAAAUACUCAUGAAUCAACAGGCCCAACAGGCCCGGCAGGCCCAGCAGACCCAGCAGACCCAGGACCAAGGCAACCAGCAUCAAAACGAACAGCAUUUUUAA